ACACGAGUGGCUGAUAGCAUAAGAAGGAAGGGAGUGUUCAGUGGGUCUGCAACAAGGAAGCUGCCAUUAGCUACCAGCUAGCAAGGGCUAACUUAGCUUGGUAGCAUUGUCGUUCGGUACAGACAUUAAAUUCGGCAAGUGUGUGACCCUCAUGGGGCACUGAUGUGAAGAGCAGUGCCAGAAGGUGUGUGAAACAUCAGAAUGGAUGGACAGACUCAAAGGAUUCAGCUCGUGUCAGCAGACAACAACAUGGCCUUAGGACAUAGAAUCCAGAUUGUAACAGAUCAGCAGACUGGACAGAAGAUCCAGAUUGUCACAGCACUUGAGCCAUCUUCCCCUGGAAAGCAGCAGUUUAUUCUUGCAAAUGCCGAGUAUUCUUCUGGUGGGAAGGUUAUCGUGGCAAAGCAGGAGGGCUCACCCAACAAGGUCAUCCUAUCUGCCCCAGAUGGUUCUGGGGUUAACCAGCUUCUCUUUGCCUCUCCUGAACUGGCUGGGCAGCAGAUUCAGUUUGUGACUGAGGGCUCAGACCAGUCGAUUGUGAAGCCAGUUGUUGAGUACUGCGUUGUCUGUGGAGAUAAGGCCUCAGGGCGUCAUUAUGGUGCAGUCAGCUGUGAGGGGUGUAAGGGCUUCUUCAAGCGCAGCAUUAGGAAAAACCUAGUGUACACAUGCAGGGGAUCUGGAGAAUGUGCCAUCAACAAGCUUCACCGAAAUCGGUGCCAGUACUGUCGACUGCAGCGCUGCAUAUCUCUGGGCAUGAAACAAGAUUCUGUGCAGUGUGAGAGGAAGCCAAUGGAGGUGGCCACCAGAGAGAAAUCAGUCAACUGUGCUGCUUCCACCGAGAAGAUCUACAUCCGGAAGAACCUGUGUAGCCCACUGGCUGCCACACCCACUUUUGUAUCGGACAAAGAAACUGCCAGGUCUACAAGUUUGCUGGAGUCGAGCAUGUUGCUUAACAUCCAACAACCUUUCUCCAAGAUGGAAAACACCAUCUUCAUCCCAACGUCCCCCGAAAAGGACGACCCAUCUCACGGUGACCUUGGUACGCUGGCAAAUGUAGUGACUUCUCUCGCCCACCUCAACAAAGCCAGGGAGGCGAGUGAUGGCGGAAAUGAUCUGAUGGGAGAUGAAACACUUAGCAAUGGUGACAGCUCGAUGACAGACAUCCAAGGAGAUGAGCAAACUGCAAGUGAAAUCACCCGAGCUUUUGACACCCUGGCUAAAGUGCUGCACCCUGGGGAUGGAUCAGCAGCAGACUCCCUGGAGGCCACAAUGCAGCUGAUGUCAGGGGACCAGUCAGGUCCUGUGGUGGAGUUGGAGGGACCUCUGCUCUCUGACAGCCACAUCCCUUUCAAGCUCAUCAUGCCUUUGCCUGUGCCAGAGUACCUCAACGUUAAUUACAUCUGUGAGUCAGCUUCCCGCUUACUUUUCCUCUCUAUGCAUUGGGCACGCUCCAUACCAGCCUUUCAAACCCUUGGAGGAGAGGACAAUGACAUCAACUUAAUGAAGGCCUGCUGGAAUGAACUUUUUGCCCUGGGUCUGGCACAGUGUUCCAACAUUAUGAAUGUUGGUACCAUCUUAGCUGCCAUUGUCAGCCAUCUGCAGACCAGCUUACAGGAAGACAAGCUGUCCCCAGAUCGAGUAAAGCUAGUCAUGGAGCACAUUUGGAGGAUGCAGGAGUUCUGUAACAGCAUGUCUAUACUCUCCCCAGAUUCUUAUGAAUAUGCCUACCUCAAAGCCAUUGUUCUCUUCAGUCCAGAUCACCCAGGCAUAAAUAACACCCCGCAGAUCGAGAGGUUUCAGGAGAAGGCUUACAUGGAGCUGCAGGAUUAUGUAACCAGGACCUACCCAGAAGACUCCUAUCGGUUAUCCAAGCUGUUGCUGCGUCUUCCUGCCCUCAGGCUGAUAAGUGCAGCUGUCACAGAGGAGCUGUUUUUUGCCGGGCUCAUCGGCAAUGUGCAGAUUGACAGCAUUAUCCCUUACAUCCUCAAAAUGGAGUCCACUGAUUAUAAUAGCCAGGCAGUCUCUGGUGGCGUUUGACACUCGGUGCUGUUUGCAUUAUCAACAUUGGACUGUGAAAACUCAACAGCCAACCAACCAGAGCGCUUCGCAGACUGGUCAUUGAGCAGUCAUAACAAACUGUAUUUAUGACACAACAUCCUGUGUUUGGGUUUAUUUUUUUCCUUCAUUUUUACCUUGCUCCGACCUCUGGCUCCUCAGUAAGCAGUCGGUAGAGCUCAGCUCACAAAGAGGACAAAUUGAAACAAUAGAAAGUGAGCCCGCCAACAUCUGCCCUUUCAGGAAUGAACCUUUAAAAACGGCACCAUAGAUUGUGCUUUUUAUUGUACAUAGUAUUUUAUGCUUCAUGGUCUCCAAGCUUUUCCUUUCCUGCAGAUCAUAUUUGUACUUUGAAGGAAUCUGAAUGCUUUGUUUUUCACUGCUUUCAUACAUGACCAUGCUUUUUUUUUUCCAGUAAUUAUGAGGAAAGAGUACUUGUUACAAUGUGAAAUUCAUUGUGAGAUAUUACUAUUGCUGAAGGUUAUAACCUUUAUUUUGUAUAUGUUUGCCAAUCGAAAGGAUAGGGAAGCAGCACUCCACUCCAACUGUUUGACAUGGAUAUCGAUAUGAAAUGUGUAUAUAGAUUUGUAUAUAGACUGCACCAAGAAGGCUUUAAUGGGCAGCACUUGGUAAUAACUUGGAUUCAAUCUUUUGGACAAAUCAAAUAUUGAAUGUGAACAGUAAACAGUCAAGUUGUUUGACAAUAAAAACAUCUUUCAGUCAUGA